AAUGCGACGUUCAUGUACCAAAACUGUGGUAGGCUACCUACUUGGACAGAUUACAAUUCCUGGAGGACCAAGAAGUUCCAAGGCCACCCACAACCAUUACAUCUUUUACUAUAUGAGGAAUGCAUUUCAAAUGUGACGAGAUAUCUAUAGACAAUGGUGACUGGAAUUCAGAUUUCUCUUCUGGUCGUCGUCUUAUUCUUGGGAUACGCUGGACUCAACCGGGCUGAAUCAAUCAAAGAUAGACAGGUUGCAGAAAUAGUGGAUGAUGGUACAGAUCCGGAUAUUCCACUUCAAGAGGAACCCAUUUGCAAAGACGGCAAAUGUACAUUGAAACUCAACAUGGGUAUACCUUGGGUUAAAUCCCAUUUGGAAGGACAAAUGGAAUUUGGGUAUAAAGGUGCGGACAAUGCGGUAGAAGGUUCAUCGGGUAUGUCAUAUGUGCCAUUUGGAGGAUCCCCCACCUCAUUCAAACUUUUCAGUGAAAUUCAUUGUGAAGGUGAAGAUACAGUAGCAUUACGCGUUGGUGCUGGGGUUAGAAAAACAAUAAAUUGGCAAGAAGUCAAAGGAAAAAUAUCACAAAAACUGCCUCCAAUAUGCAUUCCGAUUCCUGGAGCAACGGUUGUCUUGCUUUGUUUGUUUCUCACCAAGUACAAAUAUCACCAUGAGGAUAAAAGUUUGGAGUUCUGCAUAUUACUUCAGAUAAGAGCUACUGUAAUAGCUGGAAUUGGAUUUAAAAUAGUAAAUUUGCAUAACAGAUGCAUGGUUUUGAGAAGAGAGCAUUUCACACGAAUCGGCGAAGGCGUGAAAGCAGUGCCAAGUUUCGCCAAAAAACAAGCCACUAGUAUGCAGCAAAUGUUUCAGAGAUCGUUCAGCUUUCGACGAUCUUAACUCACUUCCUGCACCUGCAAUGGAUGUUCUACCAGGUGCCUAAUACAUUCGACGCUUGAAAAUUCUAGAAAUUGGUAUCAAAAGUUGAUACCAAUGUUUAGAAUUGUCGUGUAAACCUGUACAACUUGUUGAUUGACCCAGACAUAUGAUUUAAAUUUGAUUGAUAUUCAAAUUAUUAUUGGAAUAUCAAUUUCAUAUUCAAUUAUAAUUUCUAUUGAAAUAUGUACCAAUUUUAUAUCCAGUUAUUAAUUCUAUUGGAAUGUAAAUUGAAUUUCAAUUGCGACUGAGUCACUCGAUAGAAAGUGCAGGUUUACCAUUUGGAUGCAACUACUGCACAAUAGCUGAUCAAUAAAAGGUUUCACACUAUGUCUGGUAUCAUUUCAUUUAUACUGAAGAAAUAAUACAGUAUCCAAAGUUCUAAUAUUUUGUGUUACUACAAUUUGAUCCAAUGCUACACAGUUGAUAUACAGUUCAAUUUUAUCUGUGAUUACUUUUAAAUAUUACCUUCUAUGAUUAUCCUACUAUAGUGGUUUAUUUAUUUUAUGUAUUCAUUCGAUAAUUUGACAAUGUUUCUAAGCUUAAGCCUAUUGAAACAAACUUAUA